CCUCCAGCCCACACACAUGGCCUGCUACGACCUCUGCCGCCCCUGCGGACCCACCCCGCUGGCUAACAGCUGCAACGAGCCCUGUGUCAGGCAGUGCGAGGAGUCCCGCGUCGUCAUCCAGCCUCCCGCCGUGCUGGUCACCCUGCCAGGACCCAUCCUCAGCUCCUUCCCCCAGAGCACCGCCGUCGGCUCCUCCUCAUCGGCUGCCGUGGGCAACGUCCUCGGCUCCCAGGGAGUGCCCGUCUCUUCCGGCCGCUUCGGCUACGGCUACGGCUUUGGAGGCCUGGGCUGCUACGGCGGCGGAAGGGGCUGCUACCCCUGCUAAGGGCCCUGCCCACCACCCCUGACACCAACCAACGCACCCUGCAAGCCAGGGCAUGGACUGAGGACGCACCUCCGGGCUCUUGCUGCCACGUGGACCUGCCCUCCACGGCUCCUCCUCUCAAGGCACCAAGCAAGGAAGCAGGGAAGGGGCCAACCCAGCCUGCCUGGACACAUGGCCCACGCACCUCCU